UUUUAUGUGUUUCAAUUUUUUAUUAUUUUAAAAAUGAUUUUUAAAUAAAACAUGGCGUCCAGAGUUUUAGAUAUUCUUUCACUUUAUAAUCGCAACCAAGAGGCUACUUUAUAUAUAGGUAAUCUCGAUUUACAAGCCGAUGAGGAACUUCUUUGGGAAUUUUUUAUGCAAGCAGGAAGAGUUAAGAGUAUUAACGUUCCAAGAGAUAAAGUUACCGGCCAACACCAAGGUUUUGGAUUCGUAGAAUAUGAAACUGAAGUCGACGCUGACUAUGCCCUAAAGAUCCUCAAUUUUGUUAAAUUAUACCACAAACCGUUAAAACUGAACAAAGCUUCAAAAGAUAAGGAAAUAAGAGAGGUUGGAGCUAAACUCUUUGUUGGUAACUUGGACGACGAGGUUGAUGAAAGACUACUCCAUGAUACCUUCUCAGCAUUUGGGCGAGUUUUGUCAGCCAAGAUGGUGAGGUCUGAAACCUCGGGCAAGACCUACGCCAUAGUUUCAUUUGACGAUUUUGAGGCUAGUGAUGCUGCUCUUCGUACUAUGAACGGCCAGUUUCUGUGUAACAAGCCAAUACACGUAUCAUACGCAUAUAAAGAGGACACUAAAGGUGAACGUCACGGGGGUGCUGCCGAGAGACUGAUUGCUUCAAAGAGGCCAAAGGAUUACAGUAAGCACAUGGCAGCUGCCCAGGCCCAGAUGCCAAUAGCAAAUACAUUCGUCCCUCCUCAAAUGCCCAUGUACCCCGUCAUGAAUCCGCCCCCAGUAAUGAUGCCUGGACUACCGCAGAACAUGGUUAACCCUCCACUGCUACCCCAACCUAAUAUGGGAGCUCUUCCCGUUGGAAUGCCACCACUGCCUAUGCAGAAUACAGUUCCAGUCAUUCCUCAAACAAUGCCUCAACCUCCAAUGUUUAAUAUGAACUAAUAUUUUUAACAAAUUA